UACUUCAAAUAACGAUCACGAAACUGGCCUAGCUAUCGUGGGGAACUCAAGUUUGCAGGGAUUCCAGAAAACUUCUGUUCUUUGCUGCAGAUAGUAUAUCGGUAGAAAGAACGUUUUUAUUGAUUUUUCAAGUACAAAGGCUGUAUUGGUUGAUUUCCAGGCGAUCACAGUGAGAGAAGGGUCUACCGUCGUUAGUGGUUUCUGGCCAGCAAGUGCGUUUCCUCUUGGCCAUUUUGAAGAAAGUGCAUUAUGACCAGGAUGGGACGAAUAGACCUUGGUGACAUAACUCCACACAAUAUCAAGCAGUUAAAAAAGCUCAAUUCAGUUGUAUUUCCAGUGUCAUAUAAUGACAAGUUUUACAAAGAUGUUCUUGAAGUGGGCGAGUUAGCAAAAUUAGCUUACUACAAUGACAUUGUUGUUGGAGCAGUCUGUUGUCGUGUUGACAAGUCUGAUAAUGCAAGGAGGCUUUAUAUAAUGACCCUUGGUUGUCUUGCUCCGUACAGAAGACUUGGUAUUGGUACAAAAAUGGUUGAGCAUGUGCUAAAAAUUUGUGAAAAGGACACCAAUUUUGACAGCAUUUACCUGCAUGUUCAAGUGAGCAAUGAUGGUGCCAUUGAAUUUUAUAGAAACUUUGGUUUUGAAAUCAUUGAGACCAAACAGAAUUAUUACAAACGUAUUGAGCCAGCAGAUGCCUAUGUGUUGCAAAAAACCCUCAGGGGUUCAAAAGAAAAGAAAUGACAACAUCAUCACCAUCUUUACUCCCAGAGCAAUAUUAAAGUAGUCACUGCUCCAAGAAAUUGUGCUGCUAAAUUGACUAGGCUGUGAUGAACUCUACCUGUGCCUUAAUGGCGACUUCCAUGUCAACUAGAAGAUUUUCUUGGAGAGUUGAGAGAAUAAGAAGCUCAAUUGAUAUUUUUAGAUAUUCCAUUAAUGAUAUUUUCUAUCUCUUUAAA